AUGGGAAAUCGCAUUGUCCUUUUGCUGGUUGAACUGCUGUUAGUUGUGUCGCUGACCUUGGCCAACGCUGCCAACAACAGUAGCUUCAGCUCGGACAGUUUCAACAAUUCCAACAGCUCCAAUCGUGCAGUCAGUUAUCUUCGUAAGGAAUCAUUCAAUCUACCGCACUUGCUGCAUAGACAAAAGCGCUGGCUUAUCUUUGAACUUGGCGCCACCAUCUCACUAACUGGCAGCAGUACUAAGUCUUUACUGGAUCCCGUCCCCAGUAGCUUGCUUUUCCUCUUCGAGGUUGCAGUAAUUUAUCCGUUGCCUGCAGGCAUUGAGGACUGGUUUCCGCGACGCAAAGGCAGGCCAAAGCCAGUACCACCACCACCACCGCCAGUUGUACCGCCACCACCACCGCAAUCUUUAGCUUUGCCAGUUCCAAGUCCCGUUGUACCAGUUCCAGUAGCACAGCAACGACUGAUUGUGCCCUUAAGUCCUGCCGAUCCCGUUCAUUCCUUUUACUAUACGUAUCCACAAGCAAUUCUGGGUCAGCGCAAAUCCUAUGUGAACCAGGUGCAUAGUGGCUGUCCGGCUUCAAAACUGGUGAAGGAUCCUUAUGGUAACUACUAUUGUCGACCCACUGCCGUAUCUCGUCGUCUGAGGCGGGAGCUUGAGAGGAAUGGUGCGAAUCUUCUGAAACAGGGAGAGAGUCCACAUAGCAUGCUCUUCGAUUUGCUGGCCAUGUUGUCUGAGAUCCAUCAGUAUAAUCCGCGCUAUUGCAUCAUGCGAACACUUUGCGAGGCGCGCCAUCUGUUGGCACCACCGGGUGAAUCGUUGUUCCAUGAUAUCUUUCGCAUUCUGCUGCGAUAUGUGCAUCCAGAGAUUGCCCAUAAGCCCACAUAUCACAAGGCCUUCACAACAGGCCAUUCGCUGCAUGAGUGCGUACAGUGGUAUGGCGCACACUGUCCCCAGAGUUUUUUGCUGCGUUUGAGCGAACAUAUUCUGACCUAA